AUGUCCGCCGCAGCACUGCCCGCCCAGCCCGGGCCCCUCCGCCCCGCCGUGGGCCCCGAGGGCACGGCGCCAAAGGAGCGGACGGGCCGCCCGUCGCCGCCGCCGCCGGGGCUCUGGCUCGCGGCGCACGGCCAGCACCCCGCCGGGGAGGCCGCGGCGCCCGCCGGCCUCGGCCCACCGCCGACCACCGCGGGCCCCGCGGAGCUCGGGGAGGGAGGCGCCCGCGGCGCGCGCGCGCUGCCGCGGGGCCACGCGGCGGCGCUGUGGGCCAGGAUGGACGACGGCGCGCUGUUGGCGGUGCCUCCGGGGCUCGCCCCGCCGCCGGGGGCCCCGAGCCACGGCUCCAGCCUGCACGCUGCCAGGCGCUGCACGCCCUGCAACUGGUUCUGGAAGCCCGGGGGCUGCCAGCUCGGGGCCAGCUGCAGCUGCUGCCACGCGUGCCCCGCGGAGGCGCUGAGGCAGAGGAAGUGGACGAAGAAGGAGAGGGUAAAGCGUGAGGCCGCCUUGCUGAGGCUGCGGGAGCUCAGUGGGUUCUUUGCCGCUCCCUUCCCUCCCCUGUCUGAGGCAGUGUGGUCGUGUGGGCCGGAAGGCCCGUGGUCCUUGACGCUUGGGUGCUUAGGUGAUGCCUGCGACGACGCACGAGAGGAGUCAAUGUAG